AAGCAGGAACAUGGCGACGGAGUAAAAAUUCAAGCGAAAAACAUGUGUAAGCUGAACAACGUAGGAGAGAAAUCGACUCGUUGAAUUUGAUCAGGCUCGAUUGAUUUGUAAGUAGCAAUCCUGAAUAGUAUUUCGAGUUGGAGGAGGUGGAGGAAAUUCGUAAAUAAAUGCAAGCUAAGUUCACUUACAGGAGUACAUAUUUAUACGAGUACUACAGCUAGAAGUAGUAGAUAGAAAAAGGCAGAAUAAAAAUGUACUCCGAGUUGACGCAAUGGGUGUAUCUGGAGAUGGAGCCGGCGGACCUGGGUCCAGACUUCAGCUCUAUUCUCCGAGAGAAGAUCAGAACGAAGUAUGAGGGCAAGCUUGUAGACGGCAACUACUACUUGGCUGUGGAUCAGAGCGGUGUGGAGAUGCUGUCACAGCCAGCGGUGCAAGACGGAACCUGCCUCGCCAUAGUAAAAGUGAAGUUUCCGUCCAUCGUUUAUCGGCCAUUCAAAAACGAGGUUAUCUACACGAAAGUGAGCAAAGUUCACAAGGUACCACUUUCUACUUCUGCAUCUCCACAAAUAUUUAUAAUCAUCUCGUAUAUGGAUUUUCCUAUUUUUUCACCAGACACUGACACGUAAAGACUACCUUUCAUCAUGUUUGCGACGAGGUGGACUCUUCAUAGUCGCAGCAAGGACUGUACAGCUGUGAAAACGAGCGAGACCUUUGACGAUGACAAAUGACCUUUCUUGAAAGUAGUUGUAGUUCAAGUAUCUUUUUCACCCGUCCACCCAGGUUGGUUUGAUGGCCCACUGCGGACCACUGCGAGUUUUUGUUCCCGCGACGUCAAUGGAGGGCGACUGGAAGUUUGUUGAGGGCGACUCUACACAAGGGGACCGAUUCGUCGGCGUGCAUGAUGGUUUCUCCUUGACAACCGGAAAAUUGGUUUGCUGCAGAAUUCAGGGUGUGCGAGCAGAAGAAAGCGGGGAGCAUAAAUUUCACGCACUUGCGACAAUAACAGAAGAAGAUCUUGGCCCAAUAAGACAGAUUGGCGAAAAGUACUACUACUGACUAAGUAAUACAUUUGUAACUAUUCUAAUUGAUUCUUUGUACUCUACUCUAUGCCGUGUCCGUUUGUACUCGUGAAAUCAUUUUUGAGUUAUAGACAAUUUUUUUUCUAAAAAGCUACUUUGAAAUGAGUUCCUAUUUGUUCGAUUGAAUUAUGUAAUGUAUGAAUCUCGUCUUUUAGGGCGUAUCGACCAUCGCAUGCGAAUAUGUACGCGAAGGAGGAACAGCACGCGGGUCUGGACCAAUGGCAGGGCGACGUCCCUGCCGAUGGACUCACCUUAGGCGAGAUAACUGGAGGUAGCGACCAAGAGCGAAUGUAUGGCGGCGGAUCCCGAAGCAGUGCGGGCGUUUCGAACAAGACCGGCUUGAGCGGCCGUGGCGGCAUGACCGGAGCAGGCAGCGACGUACUAGUCAAGGGCGUCCCGGCUGGCAACAUGACCACCGGUGCAGGCGCAGGCAUGUCGCAAUCCCUCGGAAACAUGUCGCUAGGAGGCUUCACGGAUAUGUACCACGAUGGAACGGCGAUGUCCCACGUGAACGCCAUCGACCGCAUGGAAAAUCCAGAAGCCUAUAUCGAUCACAUCCAGCAGAUGGCCUUCCCGCAUCUGCCCCCUCGAUAAGAAAUAUCUCUUGAACAACAAUCUCAAACUCAACAAUCUCUCGUAUUAUUUACAAAAGUAGGGUCAUUGAUGUUCAUGUUGAUCAUGAUGUUGUGAGCAACAUGGAAAACAAGUCUAAUGUUGACUCGCCAAGGACGUGACCAAAGAAAGUCGUCGUGCUUCUACAUUUGAUUGACCAUUUCUUUCGCUUCAAUUCUUUUCGCCAGUCUACUGGAUGUCAACCCCCUAAGAUGAACAUUAUUUGGAGUCUUUUCUCGUUGUGCCUACGUAGGUUCUGCGGAUUUUCAUACAAAUAAGAGCUUCCCC